AUGAUUAUUACUGGGAAUGAUAAACAAGAAAUAUAUCAGCUACAAGACUAUUUGGCUACUGAAUUUGAGAUGAAGAAUCUAGGUGGACUCACAUAUUUCUUGGGGAUUGAGGUGGCCCGAUCACAACAAGGCAUAUUUCUUUCUCAAAGGAAAUAUGUCUUGGACUUGUUGACAGACACAGGAUUGCUAGAAUGCAAACCUGUAGACACUCUUAUUGUUCAUAAUCAUCAUCUUGGAGAAUACCCGGAUCAAGUUCCAACUAACAAAGAAAGAUAUCAAAGGUUAGUGGGAAGAUUGAUCUACUUGUCCCAUACUUGGCCAAACAUUGCUUAUGCAGUGAGCAUCGUCAAUCAAAUUAUGCAUUCUCCGAGUGAAGACCACAUGAAUGCAGUUCUUUGGAUGCUUAGAUAUUUGAAGUCUGCACCCAGAAAAGGACUUAUGUUCUUAAAACAUGGUUAUAUGAAUAUUGAUGCUUACACAGAUGCAGAUUGGGUAGGAAGUAUAACAGAUAGGAAAUCCACAUACGGUUACUUCACAUUCGUGGGAGGUAAUUUGGUUACAUGGAGGAGUAAGAAACAUAAGGUGGUCGCCUUAUCUAGUGUAGAAGCCGAGUUUAGAGGUAUAUAUGACCAAAGGAAUUUGCAAACUCAUUUGGUUAAAGAGGUUGCUUACUGA